GGUUGGAGAAAGAACACAACCCAAGAUCAAGAAUAAUAACAAUACCAACAUAACCAUUCUCGUUUCUGCAUCUUUCAGAUCUCUUCAUUCAAUCAAUCAUCAAUUUUGAGAUGGGUUACAGAAAAAAGAACUUGUUGAAAGAGGAUCACACCAUUUCUUCAAAUUGUAAUAAAUCAUUGAGUGAAGCAAUGCUUGCAAUCACUAUGAGUAUCAUUGGUUUACCUGUUGAUGUUCAUGUUAAAGAUGGUUCUGUUUAUUCUGGAAUCUUCUUCACUGCUUCUACUGAAUCAAAUUUCGGGGUUGUUUUGAAGCAAGCAAGGAUGACCAAGAAGGGAAGGGGCCACAGUAAUGUUGGAAACGAGACUUUGGUAGAUACACUAGUGGUUCUAUCAGAUGAUCUUGUGCAAGUUGUUGCUAAGGGAAUAACGCUUCCUGCGGAUGGUGUUGGUGGAAAUAUAACUGGUGAUUAUGAAGAAGCAGUUACGCACGAGGUUUGUUCUGCUGAGAGUCGUUCGAUAGAUGCAGAACAGGUUAAUCAAUCGAGACAAGCUGGAGAUAAAAACUCCAACGGGAAACCUGAUGACUGCAAGCAGAAGUUUGAAUUUAACAAAAACAAAGAUGAAAAGAUUCAAAGCCUUCAUUCCGGCCAUGAAAUUGAUGCAUGUCUUGGCCGUGUUGAAGCUGAUAAAGCCAAUGAUCAGGGUAGUGAAAGGUCUACUUCACCGGAUUCUACUUCUACACAUUCCACCCUAAGUGAAGAUCUCAAUGAGGUAUCACAUAAUUCUCCAGCAAAAUUCAUUGAAAAAUCUGCUCCAAGGGGUACAGAUUGUACCAGAAAUGCCAAGGAAUUUAAGCUCAACCCAGCUGCCAAAAUUUUCUCCCCGUCUUUUGUCCAUCCUAAUUCAGCAACUUCAACCGUGCCAACAACUGCAAACAUGGUUUACGUGCCAAAUAGCUCUCCACCUGCAAACAUGGUUUACCUGCCAAAUAGCUCUCCACCUGCAAACAUGGUUUACUUGCCAAAUAGUUCUCCUCCAUUACCUGUUGCAACUAUUCAACAAGAAGCUGGAUUCAAUAACUUUGCUUCUCGACCUUCUGUGCCAGUUAAGGCUUCACAGUAUGGUAAUUUGACGGUUGGAAAUCCUGGCAGUGGUUCUCAAUUUACACAACCUAUUGUUGGCCAACUGACAAGGACACAACCUCUCCAGUAUGCUGCACAUUACACUCCUGUUUUAUCUGAACCUGCUUAUUUGCAAACAACAAGCUCUCCUGCGGUUAUGGUUGGACGAUCCACCCAGUUAGUCUAUGUUCAGCAAGUUUCCCACGAUAUGGUUCAUGGUGUAACGGCUCCAUUCUCAACUCGUCCCCCGUUGAAUCACGUACAAUUUCAAAAGCAUCAAGGAGGAACACAUGGUCAAGCAAUACCAGUUGUUAUCCCCCCAUCUGUCAUAACAAGCUUGCAACAACAACCCUAUGAAGUUCAAAGCCACAUUCCAAUUUUGCAACCUGGCUUUUCGGCUCCUAGAGCUAUUUCAGUCCCAGGACCAAAUGGUUUCUAUGGCACUAAGUUUUCAUGAAACGUUCGUUCAAAUUCUUCUGUUUUAUCGCUUUCUCCGAGUUAAAGAUCAGUCUCUAUUUCCAUUUUUUAAUUGAUAUCAAAAUUUUGUUUUGUUUCAUAUCAUUUAUUUCCUUCCUGUGAGAAGUGUAUAGUAGCUUUGUGCUGGCUCUCCAUAGAAAUUUUAGGGUUAUAUUAUUUUAGAAGAAAUUUUUUGCGAGUCCUCAUGUGAAGAUAAGGUACUAAGGUUCAAUUCUUGUCUUGGGAAUUGAAGAAAGAUUUUUUCUUUUAGGAUUGAUAUUGUACGUUUGGCAAUUGCACUUGAAUGGGUUGGAUAUAAACUCCAGACUAAUUAAAGAGAUGGAAAAUUGGUGUGACAUUCAAAUUUCAAUGUUUAUUUUGGACCUUAUAUAAUGAAAUUUUUGUUUAUGGUA